UUGUUUCUUGUUCUCUUCUUGGUGUGCGCAUUGAUCAAUCAAUCGUACCUGAUCUCGAUCAACGCUUGCCUUGAUCUACAUCGACAGCGCUAGGAGUAAAAACUCCAUCGCACCCAACGUCAAUCCUCCUCUCGCAAUAACUUUCAGUCUCAUCUCGCUCGAGACGAGAAGUUCAUCAACCUUAUCACCCUUAGUUGAUUCUUUCUUACCUCCACGUGGUGAAGCUCCUGGGAAUUCUCUCCUGCUUCCACGGAUAAACCUCCUCCUCCUCUUCCUCACCUUCUAACCCCACACACAACCUUGGGAAUGCCUUACACGCCGCCCUCCCACCGAUCUCCUGCCUCGUCAGCCCCUACAUCACCUGUAGCGAGCCGGCGGUCGUCACUACAAUCGAGCCCGAGACCUAGCCUACCACGAUCUGCCUCAUAUCUUACAAAGCAUCGACGAACACCUUCAGCCUCUGCUCUUAGCGAUGGAUCGACAGGGACGCUGACACCGCAGGGAACAUCGGAGGAUCUCAAGAGCAUGGGUACAGCAGUUCCUUCAAGCGUUCGCCAAUCACCACCACCCGUGACAGACGAGCGCACCAUGCCCAUGGGUGCUAUCAUCUCACCACCUGACUCUGCUUCCUCCGGUAGUGACGACGAGGAGCAAGGUCCCCAAAUCAGAGGACGAAAGCUCGACAAGGCUCUACGAGAUGCCGUCAGCCAAAUCCCCAUGCAGCGCACAUCAUCUCCUGAGCGAACACAGAUUAAGCAUCAAGACAGCACGGAAACAUUGCAGCUUCGACCCCGCAAGGAGAACAUGCACCUCAGCUUCAGCACAAGUGCUCUUGGUGACCUUGCCAAGGGACGCAAGAUGGGCCAUGUUCGCUCAGCUACCGAGCCCAACGCUGGUCUAGGCAAGUCUGUCGACAACUCACAGUCAGUAUCAGAGGAGGAGACCGAUGAGGACUUGCUUAAGAAGCCUCAAAUGGUCCGCAAGAAGUCUGGUGAGCUUGUUCGACCUGCACUCCGCCCCUCUUCACGCCGUCGCCCCUCAAGCAUGCCUGGUACCCCCAUCUUCUCCAAGGCUGUUCACUUCGACUCCCAUCUUGAGCACGUCCGCCACUUCCUUCAAGUGGACCGACCUCUCGCUGUGAGCGCUGGCUCUUCACCCAUUGACAGCUACGAGAGUGAUACUGAGUAUCCUUUCCCUGGCAAUGGUAAGCAGACUGCUCGUGCCCCUCCUUUCGAGUGGGAGAUCCUCACCACCAACUUCCCUCACGACUCUGCGGCUCGUAAGUCGUUGCCUGUUCGCCUUGAGAAGGUUUGGCUCUCGGCCGAUCAGAAGAGUCUUUUGGGUUCAGUGGCUGUUGCCAACAUUGCCUUUAACAAGGCUGUUACAUGUCGCUUCACCCUGGAUUACUGGAAGACCACCUCGGAGGUCGCCGCCGACUACAGCCACGAGAUCCGCCCUCGGGAAACACCCCUUGGCCAUGACCGCUUCACCUUCUCCAUCAAGCUUGCCGACACCGCCAACCUCGAGUCCAAGACCCUGUUCAUCUGUGUGCGAUACACAGUCAACGCACAGGAGUACUGGGACAACAACGCCAACUCUAACUUCCAGGUCGACUUCCGCAAGAAGCAUCUCCCUAUGAAUGGCAAGAACAACUUCCAGGGCGCUUCUUCUCGUCCGGCCAACGGUCUCCCCCGGAGCAACCGACGCACCAGCAACGCCAACGCCCCUCGACCCAAGUCGAUGCCUGUUGGCUUCGGUGAGUUUGGUGAUGACGCGAAGCUCAACUAUGAUCAGCCCAUCCACGAGUUCCUCGGCGAGUCUGAGAACAGCACUGGUGGCCUUCGCCUCAAGUCCAAGUCGGCCGGUAACCUGGCUAGCGACAACCUCUCUAAGGACUUUGGCUCCCCCAGUGGCCUUGCCUUCUCCAACCGCUACGACUUUGGUGCUUCCCUCAGCGCCGCCGUUCAGGCUGCCAAGGAGAAGGAAGCCUCUCAGGACAAGGAUGGUCUUUACAUGAAGGCCAACGUCCGAAGUCCCAAGCCCAUCCUCACUGUCCCUGAGCCUACCUCUACCGUUAAGAGCCCGACCAUGGCUACCGGGGCUACCGGAGCUACCUCUCCCAACUCAACAAUCUCCAGCUCCUCGUACGAAGAGCUGGUUAACAAGUACUGCUUUUUUGGAUCGAAGCAGUCGAGCCCCAGCCUGAUGGACGGUACCCUCAGUGGUGCUCGCUUCGACACCGCCACCGCUGGCAACCAUCGCCACACGACCUCGCUUGGGAGCCCCAACGGAUACAGCCAUCACGCCGGCCCCGCAGCUCACCAUACCCUCCAGUUGGGUGGUGCCUUCAGCCCACAGUCGGGCCCUUCAACACCAAAGGAUGGCUUCCGUGCCAACAGUGCAUCGCCCACCCCGAGACCCUCUGCCACAGCACGGUCGGCUUCACCUGCCUUUGUGACCUUUGAUGGUACCCCAUCUAAAGACCUGUCGUACCAUGUCCAACAGCAAAUGAUGGACCGGUUUCCCUGGUCGGGCGAUGGCCAUGCCGCCACGGCGAUCCGAGGAUAGGAACAUGUCGCCGACCGUGGCAUGAGGUUGAACUGUUCAUGAUCCACCAACAACACUACACCAAGAAUGUAUUGCUACCUCGACAUUAAUACACCUCACACAUUGGGCAUCAACACAGCUCGCCUGUUGCCCCACAUCACUACUCUACCUGGCUGUUUGACCCGAAACAGCACGAGCCUUUGAUCAACGAUUGAUGGAUCAUUGGAACUCUCACACUGCUUACGGCCACAAUUGUUUGGCGUUUAUGGAAUUGGACUUGUGCAAGCCUGGCAUGGCGAGCCGGGCAUCCGCAUUGGAGUUUGGGGGAUUUGUUUUACCUGCGAGUUCUGUUUUCUUUCCUCUUUGCUAUCGCGGAACACCACCGCCUUUGUUUUACUCUGCUGUUUUAAUCAUUGGAUCCAUGUCUGGUCGCCUCAAUCUAUGACUGCUCUCCGUUGACCGGACAGAGGCGGUCUUAAUAUGGAUUGGGUGUGCAACAGAAUGACCUUGCUUUAUUUGUAUUUACGCAGAUGGAGAGCGAAGCCUGGUUUUACGCGUGUCACGAUGUCGCCGAGAGUGCGUUCUUUGUGCGCCUACAACGAUGACUUUAUUGAAUGCGAAGACUGUACAAUGGCGCAGGGGAAAAGGGAAAUGAAUUGCUACUGAUUGAUUUGGGAAUGGAAACAAAAAGUUUGCUUCCUUGCGAGGAAUGCAAUGCAAUGGAUUUGUGUCUUUUGGAAGGAGGAGUCGGUCAUAACAGAUAUACAUUAUACUAUACACAAGCUGCCAGAAUGCAAUGCAGGUACAGCUUAAGAGAA